AUGACACUACAUGACGAGAGCUCUCAGGAACCAGAGCAGCUUCCUCUGGAGAACUGGGCCUUUCUCCCCAGCCUCCCUCUGUUCUCAGGGCCGACUGUUCCAAAAGUUGGACGCCAGUUUUUUAUUCAUUCUCCCUUUACCAUCCUCAAACUGGGCACUGAUGAUGGCGAAGGCAAGAUGACCGCGCUCGCCCAUUCCAUCCUGGGCCCCUGUGUCCCACGCGUCAUUUGCGUCGUCACGCUUCCGAGAAUAACCGACGCCUUGACGCCCAACCGCACCCAACAGGGCCUCGUCCUCACUCACCAGCCGGGCACGCCGCUAGUCGAGCUCUGGCCCUCACUCACCCCUCUGCAGCGCCAGAACAUCAAGGCGGAGCUCUGCCGUCUCCUCGUGCGUAUGCGUACGCACCACUUCUCUUACUACGGCCGGCCCACGCGGCAGCCGUACCUCCUCUUCUCCGAAUUCGGCAUAGAGACGUAUGUAUGUUGCGCCUCCCGCUCAGAGUGGGAUGACUCGCGCGUCCGCGCGCUGCAGGCCUCUGCCCCGGACGCGGAACGUGCAGUCGUCCUUGAGCGAGUACAGCGUGACACCACCGGCGCAGGUGAUUGGGACCGUCCUGUCCUCUCGCAUGGGGACUUGUCUGACCGGAACAUCCUCGUGGACCCCUGCACACUCGCGGUGACGGGUUUCCUGGACUGGGAGAUGGCCAACAUCAUGCCCGCGUACUUUGAGUACGUCGCGGCACGGCUGUCUGGGGGCCAUCAACCUGAGUGGAGGAGUGAACUGUUAGAUGUGCUGAGGUCUGUUCUGCGCUGCGAGUGCGAUGCUGGGCGCCAGGAAGACCUGGAUGCUGUCAAUGUCGAUAAUGGAGAGGAAAGAUACAGGAGGACGUUGGCGGCGUGGGAUGCUGUCGUCGAUGUUGAGAGAAUCGCGCAGGGAUACGACAAUGACUGCGAAUGGACUUUUGAAACCGGCCUACCAGAUGUUUCACAAAAGACUGGUUCUGCCUUAUAG